AUGGGGAUAUGGUUGAACCAAUCAUCUAUAGAUGGCUUCAUCCUCUUGGGCAUCUUUUCUCGUAGCCAGACUGAUUUUGCCCUGUUUUCUGUGGUUAUGGUGGUCUUCACAGUCGCCCUCUGUGGGAAUGCCCUCCUCAUCUUCCUCAUCUACAUGGAUCCUCGACUUCAUACACCCAUGUACUUCUUUCUCAGUCAGCUCUCCCUUAUGGACCUCAUGCUAGUCUGCGACAUUGUGCCCAAGAUGGCAGUCAACUUCCUGUCUGGCAGGAAGUCCAUCUCCUUUGCAGGCUGUGGCAUACAGAUUGGUUUUUUCAUCUCUCUCGUGGGGUCUGAAGGGGUCUUGCUGGGACUCAUGGCUUAUGACCGCUAUGUGGCCAUUAGCCACCCACUCCGCUAUCCCAUCCUCAUGAGUCAGAGGGUGUGUCUCCAGAUUGCUGGGAGUUCGUGGACUUUUGGGAUAACAGAUGGAAUGAUACAGAUGGCAGGAGCCAUGAGCUUACCCUACUGUGACUCAAGGAAUGUGGAUCACUUCUUCUGUGAGGUGCCAGCUUUAUUGAAACUGGCCUGUGCAGAUACCUCCAUUUUUGAUACCUUGCUUUUUGCUUGCUGCAUCUUCAUGCUGCUCCUGCCCUUCUCCAUCAUCGUGGCCUCCUAUGCUCGCAUCCUGGGAGCUGUACUCCACAUGCGCUCUGCUCAGGCCCGUAAAAAGGCUCUGGCCACCUGUUCCUCCCACCUGACAGCUGUCUCCCUCUUUUAUGGGGCAGCCAUGUUUAUCUAUCUGAGACCCAAGCGCUACCGAACCCCAAGCCAUGACAAGGUGGUGUCUAUCUUCUACACAGUUCUUACUCCUAUGCUUAACCCUCUCAUUUAUAGCCUGAGGAACCGGGAGGUGAUGGGGGCCCUGAAGAAGGGCCUGAAUCAUUGCAGGACUGGCAGUAGGCACUGA